CAGGAUAGAAGAAGACUGGAAACAUGUCAGAGUUCUGGUUAAUUUCUGCCCCUGGCGAUAAGGAAAAUUUACAAGCUCUGGAGAGGAUGAACACCGUGACCUCCAAGUCCAACCUGUCUUAUAACACCAAGUUCGCCAUUCCUGACUUCAAGGUGGGGACCUUGGAUUCCCUUGUUGGCCUCUCCGAUGAGUUGGGGAAACUCGAUACCUUUGCUGAAAGCCUCGUAAAGAGAAUGGCGCAGAGCGUGGUGGAGGUCAUGGAGGACGCCAAGGGCAAGGUUCAGGAGAACCUCCUGGCCAACGGAGUUGAUUUAACGUCCUUCGUCACACACUUCGAAUGGGACAUGGCCAAAUACCCCGCGAAGCAGCCGCUGCUGAGCGUGGUGGACACUCUAGCAAAGCAACUGGCACAGAUCGAGACGGACCUGAAAUCCCGCACGGCCGCCUACAACACUCUCAAGACGAACCUGGAGAAUCUGGAGAAGAAAUCCCAGGGGAACCUCUUCACUCGGACACUUAGCGACAUUGUGAACAAAGAAGACUUUGUGCUGGAUUCCGAGUAUCUGGUCACACUUUUGGUCAUCGUCCCCAAACCAAACUACGCACAAUGGCAAAAAACCUACGAAUCUCUCUCGGACAUGGUAGUCCCUCGGUCAACCAAACUGAUCACCGAGGACAAAGAGGGCGGCCUCUUCACUGUGACUCUGUUUCGGAAAGUGAUCGACGAUUUCAAAACCAAAGCCAGAGAAAACAAGUUCACUGUCCGUGAAUUUUACUAUGACGAAAAAGAAAUCGAAAGGGAACGGGAAGAGAUGACCAGAUUGCUGUCUGAUAAGAAGCAACAAUACGGUCCCCUACUGCGCUGGCUCAAGGUGAACUUCAGCGAAGCCUUCAUCGCCUGGGUCCACAUCAAGGCGCUCAGAGUGUUCGUGGAGUCUGUGCUCAGGUACGGGCUCCCGGUGAAUUUUCAGGCUGUGCUCCUCCAGCCUCAUAAGAAGUCAUCCACCAAGCGUUUGAGAGAAGUUCUGAACUCCGUCUUCAGACAUCUGGAUGAAGUAGCAGCUGCAAGUAUAUUGGAUGCAUCUGUGGAGAUCCCUGGAUUGCAACUCAGUAACCAAGACUACUUUCCUUACGUCUACUUCCACAUCGACCUCAGUCUUCUGGACUAAAACACGGAGCAGGCAGCACGGCCUUCCGGUCCAUGCAUGCAGACUGGACGACUACACAAGCUUUCCCUUGGCCCCAACAGUUCAAGUCUCCUACAGAACUUAGAUUUUUAGAGAAAUUGCUCACAAAAGUUCAUUACAGUUGUAUUUAUUUUUUGUAAGUUACAAUAAAGAAAUGCUCAGUCCUUCCAAU